ACAGCGCAUACUUGAAACCAGCAACCACAGACAGCAUGGGCAAGGGCGCGGGCAAGACUCAUGCGACAGAAGGAGGCAGCAGUGACGGGGUGGAGAACAAGACAGCGUUUGCGUACGAGUUUGGCGGGCCGGCUGGGACGGCGGUGCUGAUGAUGGUCCUCCCAAUGGUGGUAUACUUUCUGUACCUGGCUUGCGGGCCGUACGGAGUGGCGACGGUCUCGCUGGCGGCGCCGUUUGUGCAUCUGCCGCCGGCGCUGCUCGACGGGUCCGCGCUUCACGAUCCAGCGCAGCCGUGGUUCACCCUCGAGGCGCUGGCGGUGGUGGUCGGCUGGCUUCUGCUGCAGGCUCUCUUCUACGCUGUCCUGCCUGGGCCGAUGGCGGAAGGUGUCGAGCUUGAUCCGCAAACGCCCGGCGCCCGGCGGCUGCGGUACCCGAUGAACGGGUUGGCGGCGUUCUUUGUGAGCGUCCUCGGCGCGGUCCUCGGCCACGCACUCGGCGUCAUCGACCUCAGCUACUGCUACCAUGAGUUCCUGCCGCUGGCGACAGGCGCCAUCAUCGUCUCGGUUGCACUCUCAGUCUACCUCUACCUCUCGUCGCUAGUGGUGGUGCCGGCGUCGACGCCCGCCAACGCGCCCGAGCGCGCGCUGCUCGCGGCUGGCGGCGACUCGGGCUCGCCGGUCUACGACGCCUUUAUGGGCCGCGAGCUCAACCCGCGGAUUGCGCUCCCGGGCGGCUUUUCGUUUGACCUCAAGGUCUUUUGCGAGCUCCGGCCGGGCCUCAUCGGCUGGAUUCUCCUUGACCUCGGAUGCGCGGCGGAGCAGUACGCGAGCCACGGCUCGAUCACCAACUCGAUGAUGCUGGUCCUCGCAUUCCAGACGUACUACGUCUUUGACUCGUUCUACAACGAGCCGGCCAUUCUUACAACCAUGGACGUGACGACCGAUGGCUUCGGCUUUAUGCUCGCCUUUGGCGACCUGGCCUGGGUCCCGUUCACCUACUCGCUCCAGGCACGGUACCUCGUUCUCAACCCGCUCGAGCUAUCGACGCUCACUGUUCUGGCCAUCAUUGCCACCAAGCUCAUCGGCCUUUACAUCUUCCGCGGUGCCAACUCGCAGAAGAACGCCUUCCGCUCGGGCUCAACCGACCCCUCAAUCCUCGCGCUCGAGUACAUCACAACCGAACGCGGCUCGCGGCUCAUCACCUCGGGCUGGUGGGGAGUGGCGCGCCAUGUCAACUACCUCGGCGACUGGAUCAUGGCCUGGGCUUGGUGCCUGCCCACACUCUUCCACACCCCGAUCACCUACUACUACGUCAUUUACUUUGGCAUCCUGCUUGUCCAUCGCGACCUCCGCGACGACCACAAGUGCGCCACAAAGUACGGCAAGGACUGGAAGCGGUACUGCUCCAUCGUCCGCUGGCGGAUCCUCCCGGGCAUCUACUAAAAG